CCUAAUAUACUUACGAGAAUAUAUAAAUAAAAAAUUUAUAAAUAUAAUCUAUCCUAUCUUAUUUUAUCUAAGGGGAAAGUGUGUGUCAAUCUAAAUGACACACACUGGGUCAUUUUAAAUUAAACGCCGCGUUUUGGUAUGAAAAUUUCUCACCAGCUCUUUGUGUGUCCCCGCUAUUCCCGCGUUCUUUAUUCUCCUUUCUCACUGAAAAUCACAUUUCUCCAUCAUUCUCAUCUCCAUUCUAAAGGUUUGGUUGAGUUGUGUAACUUGUGUUAUGCGAAAUCCGAAGAUGGAGGAGGAAGAGCACGACGUGUACGGAGGAGAGAUCCCAGACGUGGGAGUGAUGGAAGGAGACGUGGACAUGUCCGCCGUCGACGAUGACGUCGCCGUGAAAGAGCUCGACGAGAUGAAGCGGCGCUUGAAGGAAAUGGAAGAGGAAGCCGCCGCACUUCUUGAGAUGCAAGCCAAGGUCGAGAAGGAGAUUGGCUCUGUUCAAGAUCCUUCUAGUGCAGCUGCUUCUCAGGCAAACAAGGAGGAGACAGAUUCUCGGUCUGUUUUCGUUGGCAAUGGUCAUUCUUAUUACUCAGGUUCUAUAAUUAGCGCUGGAAUGCUUAUCUGGGGCCACACGAAGCGCCUCCUUCACAAUCAAAACAGCAAGAGCUAAAUUCACCCAACCGGAAGCAGCGAUUGCAGCAAAAACUGAAAUAAGCUGAUAAGAGAAAUAAUGGGACGCGAAGGGGUGAGAGGAAAGAAAUAGCUAUGUGGUUAAUGGGGAUGAGAAUUCUGAGUACAGAGGAAAGAAAUCUUCUUCAAGGAAUCUUGCAGCACACGUGAACUUGCUUAUAACACAUUCAAGGGGUGGGAAAUACUAUAUGAACAACAAUUGUGAAGGAACCUGUAUAUAUUCUUAUAGAAUUGUGAUAUGUAUAAGUUAGUUAUAUUAGUGUUAGUUUUGUAUUUGGGAUUGAAUGAUCCUUCAACCAAGAUUGAUAACAUUAAUAUAU